CAAAAUGUUACAAAAUGAGUAUAAUUUUCAACGUUUUGUUUAUCAAAUGAGUGAUUCAAACAUCAUUACCAUUUUUAGCAUCAAACAUUUUAAUUAUCCAAGGUUUUGUUUAUCAAACGUUUUGUAUAUAUUUUGUUGAUUUGUUGCAUCUAUUGACGUGGAUCCUAGGAAAAACUAGAAGAGUGGCUGCAGAAGGGAAAAAGGCUGCUUCUGGAUUAGAUUGAGAAAAAAGGAGAGACGUUUAAGUUUGACGACAGUAUUGUAGAUGUUUAUUGGCUUUUGCAACAUGUUAUUUCCAUGCACUCUCCUUUUGAACUACAUGGUUAAAUUUUUGUUCUGUUUAACUUCUGUUAUUGUUUAUUGUACGAGCUCUGGAAUUAUUCUGUGACCAUAAAUGAUAAGUGCAUUCUUCCUAUUGUUAUCUAUUGCUGUUAGUAAUUUUUUGGUCUAUUAGGUAUUGUAGUUAUUUAAGUUAAGAAAGUUUUGGAAAAAAAUCAUACAAAAGGAAUCAGUACAGCAAUUGAAAAUAUGUUGAAAACUGGAAGAUUAGUUACAACUACAGGUCUGGAUCUGCAUUAGGUAUGGAUCCUGUACUUAGUUUAUCUCAAUUUGUAUUUUCUGGUUGCCAAUUUUCUUUGUUUCGUAAGUAUAUAAUAUUAACAGUUGUAGGAUUUCACUUAUGUCAUUGGACAGUAUUAGAUAAUCUUUUGUACUCCUUCAUGAAGGGAUCCAAGGGUUUGAACCAUUGGUCUAUAAACGAGCCUAACCACCCAUUUGGAAGAUGUACUAGGGAGCAUUAGAGUUAACUUCUUGUUGGCAACGAUAACUAGGAAAUAAGUAGUAUCAGAACUGUAUAAUAGCAGUUAUUUGAUUUUCAAUUGCAGUUAUGAUUAGAAAAUAACUUAUGGCAGUUAAUUUUUAGUAUGUGUUUGUAGGAUUGAUAUUUUUUGAAGAUAGGAUGGUUAUUCUGUAUUUUGGCAGAGGAUAUUCUCUUUAGGAGACUAGGUCUCUGGAACAGCAAAGUGUACUGGUGUAUUGUGUGUGAUUUCUAUGUUCAGUAAUUAAAUUAUUCGUCCAGGCUGAAAAGAUAAACACAUUUUCGGGCUGUUCAUCGAGGAUCCUCAUUUGCCGGACUUUGUACUACAACUGUGCGGAAGCUAUUGCCCGAAAUUAAGGUAAAAAGUUAUAGGCCUUGGUGCACAGCUAAAGAUAUCAGAAAAUGUUUUAGAUUUUCCACCUUGUGUUCUUACACUAGUACCAUCAAUUGGUUAAUUGGCGUACGGGUGUUCACUUGUGCUUGCAUUAUCCUCUGAAGAAGAGGAACAUGAAAUUGAAUUGGAGAGGUAGGCGACUCAAGGAAUAGGAGAAGAGAAAGGUUGGGAAGAGGUAGAAAUCGGGGAUCUGUCAAAUUUAUAUUUCUUUUCAGGUUUUUAUGGAGAUACGAUGUUCUGAUGGUGGAGACGGUGGAAGAAAAAGUCCAUUUCCUGCCACUCAUUAGGAAAUCCAUCCAACAGGAAUGCUAAGUGUAGUUGGUAAUCUUACACCAUGGUCAGAUCAUAAUCAGAGUCCACCUAAUAUGUACCAGUGUCAGAUGAUAUGGCCAGAUGAACCCUAUUGUAGCACUUACAAUGAGGUAACAAAUAAAACAUACCUCUUCAAAAAAAAGGGUUCUGAACCUGUUUAUGUUGACUAUGUGGCUGUUGACACCAAAACUAAGAAGAAUUUAAAUAAGGUUAACAUACGCUUUCGACAUCCUCGGAACCCUGUCAUUGGUGAUAAAUUUAGCAGUAGACAUGGACAGAAAGGUGUUUGCUCUCAGUUGUGGCCAGACAUUGACAUGCCAUUUUCUGGAACUACUGGAAUGCGGCCGGAUCUCAUUAUAAAUCCUCAUGCAUUUCCCUCUAGGAUGACGAUUGCUAUGCUUUUGGAAUCUGUUUCUGCUAAGGGAGGCAGCUUACAUGGAAAAUUUAAAGAUGCAACUCCAUUUCGUAGUUCAGUGAAGAUUGGUGAUUUUUAGUCUUGUACUUCGAAAGAUUGGUUCGAAAGAUUGGUGAUUUGGUCCUUACAGUUUCAAUCGUUUAAAUAGAGUCCUUGUACUUUUCAGAUUGAUGAAAUAUGUUUCCCGAGUAUGCAGAGACUUCUGUUUGUGAUAUUUCAUGAGCCUUUGUUGACAUACUAGGCCUUGGUGUAAGUAAAUGAUGAAACAAUUGAAACAGGGUAUAGUCAAUGGUAAGUAACAAUUCUCCUGUCAAACCUUAAAUAACAAUGCAGCAAUAGAAAAAUUUGAGAAUGAAAUGUUUGGACAACAUUUCUUGUAA